UACGGAAGUGUUAUUACGGAAAUGUUGUUUGUGUUUAAAUUGUAUUGUGGGUGUUUUGAGAUCGUACGCUGCUGAUACGUUUAUAUAUUAAUUAUACUUGGACCAAAAAAACAAAAAUACUUUUUAGUAACGACAUUUCCCGUUUGCAUUGAUUUCAUGGAACAAUGAAAUAAAACACUCAACACCUGAGAACAGCAGUGAAUCUUGCAUUUGAUGCAGUGAACAACAAAGGCUGCUAGGAUGGAUGAUAUCUACACUUUGCAGCAGGAAGUGGGACGGGGCAGCUAUGGAGUGGUUUUCAAGGGAUGUGUGACGGAGACUGGCUGGUGGGGCGAGAGGGGCGACACAGUGGCCAUUAAACGUCUGCCAUGUUGUAGCCCAGAGAGUAUAGAGCUCUACCUGCAGGAACUCUGGGCUAUGAGAAUCACCGCACGAAACCACCAUAAUGUCAUCGCUCUAUACAACUGCCUCUUACAGACUGGACCUAGAACACUGCAGCCCCUGAGAUCAGGGAGGCUGCCUUUGGAUUUGGUGGAGAGUGCUCUCAAAGGGAGAGUGGUGGACAAAGACUCCAAAACCCAACUGAGGAAUCCCUCCAGGUCGAGGAGGAGGCUGAUGCCCACAGAGGAGGUUCCCAGGCGCUGCUUUGCCCUUUGGUUGGUGAUGGAGUACUGCGAAGGAGGGGAUUUGAGCCAGUACAUCCUAUCCAGGCCGCCGGAUGCUGAGUGCAACGAUGCAGUGGUUCAGCAACUCGGCAGUGCCAUUGCGUUCUUGCAUGGACAUAGAAUAGUGCACCGUGAUAUAAAGCCAGAUAAUGUUCUUGUCUGUCUUACUAAAACAGGACCGGUCAUGAAGGUAGCAGACUUUGGCCUCAGUAAGAUGGUGGACAAUCCUACAGAUGGUGUCCAAAGUAGACUGGCUCUUUCCUCUACCUGUGGCUCAGACUUCUAUAUGGCUCCAGAAGUUUGGGCAGGUCGUAGUUAUACAGCCCAGGCUGACAUCUUCUCUCUGGGUGUGCUUUUCUGGGCCGUGCUGGAGAGAAUCACUUUCCUAGAGGAUGGCACCAAUCAAGAGCAACUGGGCGCAUAUGUAAUGCGAGGCCGCUGGCUCAUCCCGUUAGGUGAGGCACUCUGUCAGAAUCCCGACCUGCAGUUAAUCAUCCCUAUGAGGGCAAGACGUGCUCCACCACUGCCGCCGCCUCCAAACCCUGCUAUGUGCGAGCUGCUGAUGGACAUGCUAGAUUCUGAUCCUGAUACCCGGCCCACAGCAGACCAGCUGGAGAAAAGGGUUCGGUGUGCCAUAGAGGUGCACUGAUCUCAAGAGCUGCAUACUAACAACCAGUCUCCUUUAUACACUGAAAAACU